GGGGUGGUGACUGACGGCUCCGGGUCUGAGGGGCUCCUGCUUGUCAGGUUCUAGAUAUUCUGCAAUAUCAGCCUGUCAGCAUCUGGCUCAGGAAGGCUAUAGAGUAUAUUACAACAUGCAGAUAAGUGGAGGCCCUCAGAGGAUGGAUUCCAGGACCAUUGUAGCAAUGUUUGGAGGUGCUCAUCACCAGAAGGUUGACCAUCAGGGGAUGAAUUUAUUUUGGCCACAGCAAGUCAUGAAUGCCAUCUACUAAGGCACAGAACUAUUGACAUAUUGAACUUAUUUAAGAUAGACCUAUGAUCAUUUUCAUCAUUCUCUUCUGCAAGUUCUUCAGAACGUCUUAAAGUGUGAUGCCCCCAAAUGGAACUGCCAUUUUAAUUGAGAUCUGACUGGAAAAGAGUAAUAAGAUAUGGACACAUGCUGAUUAAAAGAAUUUCUUACAACCAGUGGAGCAGUUAGUGCUUUAUGAAGAUGGGAUUUGGAAGUGACCUGAAGAAUUCACACGAUGCACUGUUAAAAUUGCAAGAUUGGGAAUUACGACUCUUGGAAACAGUCAAGAAGUUUAUGGCACUGAGAAUAAAAAGUGAUAAAGAAUAUGCAUCUACUUUACAGAAUCUCUGCAAUCAAAUUGAUAAGGAAAGUACCGCCCACAUGAAUUAUGUUAGUAAUGUAUCUCAGACUUGGCUACUAAUGAUUCAACAAACAGAACAGCUUAGCAAAAUAAUGAAGACACAUGCAGAAGACCUUAACUCUGGACCAUUACACAGGCUCACCAUGAUGAUCAAAGAUAAGCAACAAGUGAAGAAGAGUUAUAUGGGUGUUCACCAGCAAAUUGAGGCAGAUAUGUUCAAGGUCACAAAGACAGAAUUGGAGAAAUUAAAAACAAGCUAUAGACAAUUAAUAAAAGAAAUGAAUUAUGCCAAAGAGAAAUAUAAAGAAGCUUUGGCUAAAGGGAAGGAAACAGAGAAGGCAAAAGAUCGUUAUGACAAAGCUACAAUGAAACUUCAUGUGUUGCAUAAUCAAUAUGUAUUGGCUUUGAAAGGGGCACAGCUUCAUCAGCAUCAGUAUUAUGAUACCACACUUCCUCAACUCCUGGACUCAUUACAAAAAAUGCAAGAAGAAAUGAUCAACGCAUUAAAAAGCAUAUUUGAUGAAUACAGCCAGAUUACCAGUCUUGUUACAGAGGAGAUAGUUAAUGUCCAUAAAGAGAUUCAGACAUCAGUUGAACAGAUUGAUCCUAGCACGGAAUACAACAAUUUCAUAGAUGUUUACAGAUCACCAGCUAUUGAGGAACAAGAAAUUGAGUUUGAUGCUUCUUUACUUGAAGAAAAUGAAAGUCUUCAGGCUAAUGAGAUCAUGUGGAAUAAUUUAACAGCAGAGAGUUUGCAAAUAAUGUUGAAAACUGUAGAAGAAGAAUUGAUCCAAACACAGCAGAUGCUUUUAAACAAGGAGGAAGUUGUCCUGGAACUAGAAAAGAGUAUUGAAGAAUCUUCUAAGACCUGUGAAAAGAAGUCUGAUAUUGUGCUUCUGCUGAGCCAAAAACAGGCAUUAGAAGAGCUAAAGCAGUCAGUCCAACAGUUAAGAUGUGCUGAGUCUAAGUUCACAGCCCAGAAAGAACUCCUAGAACAAAAAGUACAAGAGAAUGAGGGAAAAGAGCCACCUCCCGUCUUCAAUUAUGAAGAAGAUGCUAGAUCAGUUACAUCUAUGGAGAGGAAGGAGAAGUUAUCUAAAUUUGAGUCACUUCGUCACUCCAUUGCUGGAAUGAUUCGAUCUCCCAAAUCUAUGUUGGGCUCUUCAUCAUGCGCUCCAUCGAAAGUAGCAGAGAAACCUUGUGCUUCCUCUAAAAAGUUCUGUGAUGUAAUAUCAGCAAGUGACAAGCCAUUGGUAGAACAGGACUGGUACCAUGGUGCAAUUCCCAGAAUAGAAGCACAGGAACUCUUAAAGCAACAAGGAGACUUCUUGGUUCGGGAGAGUCACGGGAAACCUGGUGAAUAUGUCCUGUCUGUGUUUUCAGAUGGACAACGAAGACACUUUAUUAUACAGUUUGCUGAUAAUCUAUAUCGAUUUGAAGGAACUGGGUUUACAAAUAUUCCUCAACUUAUAGAUUAUCAUUAUACAACAAAGCAAGUCAUUACUAAGAAAUCAGGUGUAGUCCUGCUGAAUCCUGUUGUUAAGGAUAAGAAAUGGGUUCUCAGUCAUGAAGAUGUCACAUUGGGAGAAUUACUAGGCAAGGGUAAUUUUGGUGAAGUAUAUAAGGGAACAUUAAAGGAUAAAACUGCUGUUGCUGUAAAAACUUGUAAAGAAGAUCUUCCUCAGGAACUGAAAAUAAAAUUUUUACAAGAGGCCAAAAUACUCAAACAAUAUGACCAUCCUAAUAUUGUCAAGCUUAUAGGAGUUUGCACACAAAGACAACCCAUUUACAUCAUCAUGGAGCUUAUUCCAGGAGGUGAUUUCCUCUCCUUUUUGAGAAAGAAGAAAGAUGAACUAAAACCCAAACAGUUAGUGAAAUUUUCAUUAGAUGCUGCUUCUGGUAUGGCGUAUCUUGAGAGUAAAAAUUGUAUACACAGGGACCUUGCUGCAAGAAAUUGCCUGGUAGGGGAAAAUAAUAUUCUGAAAAUCAGUGACUUUGGAAUGUCUCGUCAAGAAGAUGGUGGUAUAUAUUCUUCUUCUGGCUUAAAGCAAAUUCCCAUCAAAUGGACUGCUCCAGAGGCCCUCAAUUACGGAAGAUACAGUUCUGAAAGUGAUGCAUGGAGCUUUGGUAUCCUUUUGUGGGAGACCUUCAGUUUAGGAGUCUGUCCAUAUCCUGGAAUGACCAACCAACAUGCCCGGGAACAAGUGGAGCAAGGAUACCGGAUGUCAGCUCCUCAUAAGUGUCCUGAAGAAAUUUAUAAAAUAAUGCUGAAGUGUUGGGACUACAAACCUGAAAACCGCCCCAAGUUCAGCGAACUUCAGAAAGAGCUAGCUGCCAUCAAGAAAAAAGUGACAUAGGGAUGAAGUCAUUCCAGACACCACCUACAGGACUCUUUCCCAGCAAAGUAAUAUUUUUUCCCUCAGACGAAAUGAGUUUAUACUACAUUACCUGCAA